AAAAUGGCGGGGAUGGCGAAUGUGGCCACCGGGGCAAGCGGGUCUGGGAGCCCGGGGGCGGUGCUGCAGGCAGCUGCUGGGAUGUACGAGCAGCUCAAGGGCGAGUGGAACCACAAGAGCCCCAACCUGAGCAAGUGCGGCGAGGAGCUGGGCUGCCUCAAGUUGCUGUUGCUGGAGCUCAACUUCCUGCCUAACGGUAUGAAACUGACCAAACAACAGCUCAUCCUGGUCCAUGACAUAUUGGAGAUAGGUGCUCAGUGGAGCAUCUUGUGAAAGGACAUACCUUCCUUUGAGCGCUACAUGGCCCAGCUCAAAUGCUAUUACUUUGACUACAAGGAACAGCUCCCAGAGUUGGCCUGCAUACACCAGCUUCUGGGCCUCAAUCUGCUCUUCUUGCUGUCCCAGAAGCGAGUGGCCAAGUUCCACACUGAGCUGGAGCACCUGCUUGCUAAGGACAUCCAGACCAAUGUCUACAUCAAACACCCUGUGUCCUUGUACCUGAUGGAAGGAAGCUACAAUAAGAUGUUCCUGGCCAAGGGAAACAUCCCUGCUGAGAGCUACACAUUCUUCAUUGACCUGCUCCUCUUCAUUGACAUUUUGCUGGACACGGUAAGACACGAGAUUGCUGACUGCAUUGAGAAGGCCUAUGAAAAGAUCCUGUUUGCAGAAGCUACUCGGAUCCUUUUCUUCACUGUCCUAAAGAAGAUGACCGAGUACACCAAGAAGAGAGGAUGGGUCCUGGGCCCCAGCAAUUACUACAGCUUCAAGUGUCAGCAGCAGAAGCCCGAGGACAUGACCAUCCCCUCCACAGAGCUGGCAAAGCAAGUCAUCAAGUAUGGCAGGCAGCUGGAGAUGAUUGUCUGA